GUAGGUUGCAUGUUCGUUGGCUGUAGUUUUCAAACAAGUAUUUAUGGAACCUUUAAGUCUCAUAAGAGUCGCCGGCACACACCUCACACAUUAUCUGAUUUUCUACCAGGUAUUGUAAAAACAACUACAAUAGCAUCUCCACCAUUAGAUGAUUUGUUUGCUGAUAGCCAGGAUGAGGAGUGUGUGUUAGAGGAAGUUUCUGAUUCUUCACGAGAUCAACACAAUGCACUUCCAAGUGCAAUUGAGCAGCAGCUUGCAGCAGCCUUACUAAAGUUGGAAUAUUUAGUCCACGUGCCAGGUACAGCAAUUGAUGAUUUUUUGCAAGAACUUUACUACUUGAUAAACAUAGCAUCAGUCACAGUAUCUAGAAGUGUUGUGACAGAUAUCCUUAAGCAUCACAAAAUACAAGUUGAUGACUCUGUAGUUACAGAAAUCACCACAGCAGUAUGCUCAUCUAACCCUGUUCCAAAAGCAAUUGAAAAAGGCGGCCCUCUUAGUACUUCAUAUCAACGUAAACAAUUUUAUAAGGAAAAAUUCUGUGUUGUGGAACCAGUUACUUACAUACUUGAUCAUAAAAAGAAACACACCUUUCAGUAUGUCCCACUGUUGAAAUCUUUGCAACAAAUUUUAAAUAAUAAGGCCAUUGUUGAUAAGAUAAUUGAAAAUCAUAGAGGACAGCAGGACACUGAACUUGACCCAUCUCUUGAAUUCAGGUCCCCUGAAGAUGGUUUGCAUUUUAACGCAAACAGCUUCCUAAAUGCAGAGGAGUUACGGAUAACACUGCGUCUGUAUGUGGAUGAUUUUGAGACCUGCAAUCCCCUAGGCACCUCUAGGAAAAAACACAAGCUUUGUGGUGUUUACUGGAUACUAGGUAACCUGCCACCAGGCUCCCACUCAUCUUUAUCAUCUAUUUAUCUUGCAGUGCUUUGCAAAAGUGUUGAUGUAAAAACAUAUGGUUAUGAAACAGUCUUGGAACCCCUUCUUCAAGAUAUUAAAAUUCUCGAGGACUAUGGUGUGUAUGUGCCUUUAUUAGACUGAGACGUAGAAGGAUGAAUGCCCCGACACUUCUCAAAGUCAUCCUGGGUGACAACAGCAGCCAAAGGAUGACUUUUCAAAAUGGACUCCCAGGAUCUGUUAAUGAACUUGUUAGUGAGGUACAAAGACAAUGUGGACUUGACUAUGACUUCAGACUUCAGUUUAUGGAUGCACUAUUUGGAAAUGACUUCAUGAACCUCACUUCAAUGGAUGAAGUACAGGAUAGAGGGACAAUUAGAGUGAUUGCCAUGACAGAUUCCUCAACUCCUCAGUGUGCUAAUAUCCUUCCCACCUCAGCUGCCCAUCACUCCCUUAAUGAAUCCUCAUCCCUGUCCAGUGGAUGUGUUGACACUGACAUACUCUCUUCACCGGAGUCAGAGUCAUCCGGCUCUCGGUCAUCUUGGCCGAGCAUCUUUCGUGUUCCUCAGUUUAGUUAUGAUGCCGAGUUGAAACUUGCGCAGGGCAAUGCAGCUUACAGGGAAAAGGGUACAUUGUUUAUUCCUGAUCCUAAACUGAAGUCGAACAUUCUUGAGGGCCUAGUGCAAGAAAUUGUUAAGUACAAACUUUAUGUUUCUGACAAAGACUUUAACACAGUUGGAGAGGCUCUAAUCUCAAAGCAUCCUUGCCUGAC